AAGUGGUUGAAUGAAUGAACAGUAUUAUGAAAUGUUUCCAGUCUAAUUAAAUGUAAUUAGUCUUCUGCAACAUUGUUUUUAAUGUCUUUGAUGGUUUUGGUGUAUCAUAGCAUAAUGGUUCACCCAGUGUUUGGGCAUUUUCCUUUUUUUUUUUUUCCUUUUUGCUUCAGCACUGAUGGUUUUCAUAGUUCAGUGUUCAGAAAAAGCUUCCACUUAACUUUCUCAGGGAGACUGAGAAAGAGACUCAGCUGAGUUUGACAUGCCCUGGUCGUGCAUCUGAUUAGGAUAAUUAUCCAGGGUAAUUAUCCAGGCCUCCUGUGUCCUGCUUUAUUGCUCUAUUCUGCUUCUUAUAUGGCUCUUAUGAGAACUUCAUAAAGAUUUUUUUUUCUUUUUAAACUUACCUGCUCUCAGAUUUAAUGGGGGUUUAUUUAAUAGUAUCAUCCUCUCCCUACAGGGUGCUAUUUAACUAAUAAUAUUUUUAAGAAGAAUUCCCUAACUUAACAACCUCCCCAUAUCUGUUUAAACUUUGUUACUGAGUCAUUGGUGGAGCUGGCUCUCAUUUAUGACUUCCUCCUAGUAUUCUCCUGAUGCCAUGGUAAGGAAUUGACCCUUGUCCACAGCACGAGGUACUUUUCUUUGGAUGGUUUCUGGCCAGUUGGCAGUAUCUGGUCCAUAAAAGUGGCCCUUACCCCUACUCUGUACUUCUCUAGCCAUUCCUUUCCUGGUUCUCUUGUUUCCUAGAUGUAGAUUUCCCAGGUGCUGUCUUUGGCCUUGUUUUUUUUUCAUCUUCUUCAUCUCAUAAAACAAUUGCAAAGAUUACAACAAAUUUUACUUCUUGGUUAACAUCUCUCUGAGAUUCCAGUUGCUUCUUGCAUAUCCCAUAAACCUGAGAGUGAGGCUUAGACAACUCCAGUACCUUGUUUAUCAACUGAUAAACAGAGCUCUUUCCCCUUCCUCCACUGAAGUUGUGAGUUGCUUCUGUAUUUGCAAGUUUUGAAGACUGUCACUACCAUUUCUGUCAUCUGGGCUCUGAACCUGGCCAAACCAUGCCAAUUGUACUUCCAUAACAUCUCUUGAAUCUCUUGGUGACCCACACCCUCAUUACCACUGCUACAGUUAAUUCAGGAAUUAAUUUUCUCUGACCUACUCACCACUGCCCCACCUCACCCCACCCUCCAGUAUCUUGUGAAAACAGGCAUUCAGAGGGAGCCCAGGGUGCUUGUUUUUCCUAGCUUCAUAAUGCUAACCACCUGUUGCACAUUGCAGAGCCCUCAAUAUUCCCACCAACCCUGCCCCACUUUUUCAGGAUCUGGUAGUGCCUUUUCUUGUAAAUUCUCUGAUUAAAAAACUUAAAGCACUAGAUGAAAAUCUUUUGUAAAUUUCUUUCAAAAUUGGUCCUAGUUUAAAGAGACCACUGGCUUUCCAACUUUUAUCUGCUGCUUAUAAAAAGUGUAGUGUUGUUGCCCGGGGAAGUUAGGCUCUUCUGGUGCAGCCCCAGAAAGAUCCAAGGAAUCAGUUAGAAUCAUUGUGACCUAAACCAGUGUAACUUCACUGCUAUCAGAUUAUUUCUAAGGCUGCAGCUUUGGUCAAGCUACUCCCUAUACCCCAAAGCUGUUGGGAUCCCCACUGCUUUCAGAAGGUUUAAAUCAGUUCCAGACAGCCUGGUAUUCCGGAUAUAUUACAUAUUGGCUUAGAACUACAUUUCCAACCUUAUAUAAUAUGUCAUUUUACACCCUGCUCCCUGUACACCACAUGUCAUAGCCAAAUGGGUAUGUCUAAGGCCUCUUGGUCUGGAAUGCCCUGCUCAUUCCCUCUCUCGUGCCCUUCAUUCUCUGCAUCAUAAAUUCUCCCCUGCUUCAUAGAUCUAGUGCCCUCUCUGCCAUAAGCCUUCUCGGACUUGCCCAGGUGAAAAUAAUACAUUUAUCGUCUAUAACACCUAAAAAUUUUGUAUCCUGGAUUAGAGUUGUUUAUAUACGUUGCUCCCACUAGCUGGAUGUUCUCCCAGAGCAGGAAUCACAGGUGCAUUUUAUGUCCUUACAACACCUAGCACAUAGUAAGCACUUACUAUUUUUUUGAUGAAUAAAUUGUCAUUUAGUCAGUUUCCACUUGUGAUUCACCUGGUCGUUGGGCUAAAGUUGAGAGUAUUUUGAUUAAUUGGUAUAGCUCCACACUAUGAAAGUCUUGUUUGUGGAGAAACUUGUUCAUCAUUCCCCUCAGCUCACCAUGAUUCUGUUCCACUAAAUUUCUAAUUCAUUGAAGUUUCCAGAUAGGGCAUCGUAGUCAAAGUGAGCCUGUGGGCCUAUGUAUUUUUGCUUGAUAAGUCUUAGAAAUUUACCAGUAUACUGAGAAGAUGAUCAGACUAGGAUUCAGAAUAUAGACCUGAAUUAGAAUUCCACAUCUCCAUCUAAGCUUAGAUAAGUCAUUAAAAAUCUCUUGGUCUUAGUUUCCUCUGUAAGGGAGAAGUUGCACGAGAUAGUUUCAGAUGUCACAUUGGAAUGAAAAUCAAGGCCUAUAUAAAUGCUUUUGAACAGGAGGCUGCAAACUUUUUCCUUAAAGGACCAGAUAAUAUUUUAGGCUUUGCCAGGAAUACAGUAUGUGUUGCAGCUACUCAACUCUGCUGUUAGUAGCUUGAAAGCGGCCGUAAACAAUAUGUUUACUAGUGGCCUAGCUGCGUUUCAGUAUUUUAUUUACAAAAACAGGCAGCAGCCAUGAUUUGCUGACGUAUGCUUUAGAAGUUAGUUAGUGGUCAGCGUAGGCUAAUCCAAGAAACCUGAAUGUGUCUUAAAUGGAAUGUGGACUCUUGGCUUUGUUUUUUUUCAUAUGACAAAAGUAACUUCAUUAUUUGAGUUUUUAUAGUACAGAUGUGAAUAGUCAAUAAGUCCACUGUCAUCCUCAGCUUCUUCCCUGGGUAACCACUGUUACCUAUCAUACUUUUUAAAACAUAUGUGGUAUAUCCACUUUGGAUAAAGGUCUAACAAUUUACUGUACAAGUAAAUAUACACUUACCCCAUGAUCCCCAGCAGUUUACCCAAGAGAAAUGAAAACAUAUGUCCACAAAAAUACACAAAAUAUUCAUAGUAGCUCCAAACUGGAAAGAGCCCAGGUGUCCGGCAGUAGAAUGGAUAAACAAACCAGUGUCCACACAGUGGAAUACUACUCAACAGUAAAAAGGAGCAAACUACAGGUAACACAAAACAUGGGUGAAUCCCACAAUUAGGCUGAGCAGAAAAGAAGCUUUACCAAAGAGAAUAUACUAUAUAAUUUCAUUUCUUUGAAAUUCUAAAUCAAGCAAUACUUACCUAUGCUGGGGAAAAGCCCAGAAUGGUGUUUGCCUCUAGGAUGGUGGUCAUGGGGAUUGACUGGGAAGGGGCAUGAGAACUUUAUAGGGUGUUGGCAAUGUUCUGUAUCUUGAUAGCUGUUUGAAUCAUAGAGGUGAAUGUAUUUCUAAACAACCGUGUCAUGGUACCUUGGAGAUUUGUGUAUUUUGCUGAAUGCAAUUUUCCCUCAAUUUUAGUUAAUAUAAUGUUGAAGUAUUUAGGGGUUAAGUGUACUGACAUCUGCAACUUGAAAUUCUUAAAAAAAAAAUAGACGGUGAAUAGAUAAGAGGUAAAUACAGUAGACUUUACUGUAGAAUCUAGGUGGGGUUUAUGCGUGUUCACUUACAUUUCUUUUAACUUUUCUGUGUAUUUGUAAGUAUUCCUAAUUGGAUAUUGGAGAAGAAAGAAUACAUGAAUAUAUUGUUUCUCUUCACUGCCUUCUACCAGUCGCAGUCUUUCCCACAGAUAAUGAUUGCUUAUCAGUUUUCCUACCAGUCCUUUUUCAACACACUUACAUAUGUGUAUAUGUAUGUAUGUGUGUGUAUGUAUGUAUAUGAGUAUAUAUGGACUAUGUAGGAAUAAUUAAUUUUCCACUUUUACAUGAGUAAUAGGAAGAAUGUAUGUUCUAGAACUUGCUUUUUUUCACUUAAUAUGUCUUGACUGUUUCCAUGUCUCUGUCUCUCUCUCCCCCCCAUUUAUUUAUCUCAUUCCUUUGAGUCAUUGCAUAAUAUUCCAUAGUGUAGGGAUAUAUAUCCAAGAUAUAUAUAUAUUUCUUUGUGAUGAAUAUUUAGUUGUUUGCAAUUUUUCUCUUGCAAAUUGUGCAGUGCAUGUGUGCAACUAUUUAUCCAGGGUAGUCACUGAGAAAUGGAAUCACCAGUUUAUAGUAUAUGUUUAUUUUUAUAUUAAUUUAUUGUCCUCCAGUAAAGCUGUACCAGUGUAUACUCUCACCAGCAGGGAUCAAAUUACCUGUUUCCCUUCAACUUUCUGAGCAUUGGUUAUCAUCACUCUUUAAAAAUUUUUGCCAGUUUGUUGGGAUGCUGGUGUCUUGGUUGGUUUAAUUUGCAGUGUCUCUGAUAAUUGCAAUUUAUGUUUGCUCAGUUUUCGUUUCUUUACAGCGACCUGCUCGUCUUUUUGCUGUCUUUUGUCUCUUAAUUCUUUUAUUUUAAAAAUUGUACUUGUUUAAAUAAAUAUUAUUACAAAUUUAACAGUCUUUCCUGAUCACUUAUCUCAAAAUAUAUUGAAUAGUCCAUCAUUUUCUCACUGAUUUGAAGUGCCCGCUUUGUUACGUGGAUUUUAUAUGGAUCCUUUCUUGAUUAUUGUUAUGUUUUGUUAUUAAUCUGUAUCUCUGUUCCUGUGUCAUUAUCACUCUAUAGCAUGUAAGCUCUAUGUAAGCGUUUAAAAUAAAAUAAAUUUGUGAAAUCUGUGCGAGUACUGUCUGUUUAGUUUUGGUAUCUGGAGAGUGCUAGCCUUAUAAAGAUUUAGGUAACUUACGGAGCAUACAAAAAGGACAGCUCGUGUGUAGAGAAAGAAUCUACUUGAAAAUUGGGAGAACUAAAGCCAUUUGGACAUAGUGUCUCUUUUAGGGAUAGAGCUCUUUAUUUCUUGUAACAACUUCUGAUUUGAAUAUGUUUAUUUUCUUUAAAAAUCAUAUAUUUCAUCUAUUUUUGAGCUUACUAGUUGGAAAUUGGUUUUAUUGGUAAAAUUAAUGAUUUUUUUUUGCAUUUGUUUCCAUUAACUUGAGCUUGUAUCUUAAAUCUCCUACUUUCCUUGAAUUUAUUUUACUCUUGAAUUUAAAACCUGGCUUUUUUGGUUAGUCUGGUUUUUUAGUGAAUGCGUAUAAGGCUCUGGAUUUUCCUUUGUGUUCUGCUUUGGCUACAUGAUUGUUUUGAAUUUUGAAUGUUUUGGGUUUUGUUGUCUUUUUAAUCCAAAGGUUAUUUAGCAGUCCAUUUUCUAAAUUUUUGUUAUACUUCUCUAACAUACUUUGAUUUUGAAAAAUGUGGCCUUGAUUUUUUUUUUUUUAGGUUAUUUUUUAUUUUGUUUUGGUUUGGUUUUUUUGAAAUUUAAGUCAUGGUCAGUUUCGAGGCAAUGUUCCAGGUUUAUAAAGAGUAUAUUUUCUGGUGACUACAAAGUUUUACAUAUAUUAAAUAACUAUUAGUUGUGUUUUUAAAAUAUUAUCCUUUUUGUUAUUGUUUACCUGAUCUGUGGAUUUCUGGAAGAGGUACGUUAAAAUCUCUACAGAUGAUUGUGAUAAAUUUUGCUUUACAUAUCUUAAGCCACUUAGCAUCACAAAUGUUCAUGGCUUUUAUGCUGUAUCUUCUUGAUGUGUUUUGUUUACUUUUUAUUAAUAGAGAAUAUCUUUGCUUUGUUAAUACCUUUUGACUUGAAUUCUAAAUAGUUUGCUUUCAGGAAUAAUGCCACUUCUACAUUUCUUUUUGUUAGCCAAGAUCUACUUUAUUUUCAACCAGUAUGUGUUAUAAUUUUAGGUUUUUAUCUAUAAAUAGCAUUUAUUUAUAGUGCUAUAAGGUUUUCUUUAACCCACUUUGAGAAUGUCUUUUAUUAGACUACUAUUAAAUUAUUCCUACCUUAAUAUUUUUGGGAUUUUAAGUUGUUACUAAAUUAAAAUCAAAUUUUAACUGUGUAAAAUACAGACUAAUGUAGUGGCAAAAGGAGAUCAUUGGCUGGCUGAAGGAUGUACAGAUUGCAAACGGGCACAAGGAACCUUUCAGAGGUGAUAGAAAUGUUCUGUAUCAUUAGUGUAGUGGUGGUUUCACAAUACAUGCAACUGUCUACUCAUUGGGAUUGUGCACUUGGAAUCAAUGAAAAUUAUUGUAUGUAAGUUAUUCCUCAGACAUGAAAAGGAGAAGAAAUUAAAAUCAACACUUACUUAGAUGUUACCAGCAAGUCUUACUGGUUUCUUUGCUCACCAUUGCUUUAUAUAUUUUUCUUGUCUUCGAUUUUUAAAGAAAACUUUAAAAAAUGAAAAAUGUACAAUUAUAUUAUCUUUUUCUAGAAUUUAGUCUGUGAACUUUGUCCUUUUUUUUCAGAUUAGAUAAUAUAUAAGUUUUUCUUCCAAAAUGAAGGAAAUGAAGACAGUGUAGCUAAAACUUAAAGCCUCCUCAGUUUGGAAUAUACUGUUUUAUUUUUGGCUGAUGAGAUAUCUGUCAGUCAUAUUUCUCUGCUCUAGGUAAAACCCGUUUUAUCUUUUUAGAAGCUUUAAGAAAUUUUCACUUUAUUUUUAGUAUUCUGAAAUUUUACCUUUUUCUAUCUAGGUAUAGGGUAUUUUCUAAUAUUUUUCAAUCUUUUCCAAUCUAGACACAAAAUGUGUUAUUUCUUUGGGCAUUCCUCCCCAUCCCCUUUUCUGUGGAAUUCCUGUUAGAUUUAUUGAUAUUAUGGUUCUGUCUCCCGUGUGUCAACAAGCUCCAUACACACUCCCUGUCUUUUUGCCCAGUAUUGUAAAACACCUUGGUUUGAUCUUUUAGCUCACUGAAUUUUUCUUUGGCUUGGCUAGUUCUCUAGGUUAGGCCUUCUUCCAAAUUUUUGUUUUUUAAAUAGCUUUAUUGAGGUAUAAUUGUGACAUAUGGUAAACUGCACGUAUUUAAAAUUAAAAUGUAUAACUUGAGUUUUGAUGUGUAUUCACCUAUAUGCAUAUACAUCUAUUGUACCCAUGGAACUAUCACUCUAAUCAAGGUAAUGAAAAUAUUCAUCACUCCCCAGAUUUCCUCUUUCCCAUUUGUAAUCCUUUUCUUUCCCUACCUCCCCAGUAUCCAGGCAAAAAUAGAUCUGCUUUUUGACAGUUUAGAUUAGUUUGUAUUUUCUGAAACUUUAAAUGCAUGGAAUCAUGUAGCGUGUUCUCUUUGGGGUCAGGAGUGCUGAGUUGUUUCAUUCAGCACAGUUACUUUGAGAAGUAGUUCAUGAAUAGUAUUCCAUUGUAUUAUAUGCCAGAAUUUAUUUAUUAAUUCAUCUGUUGAUGUGCUUUUGGGUUGUUUGGAGUUUUUAGUGAUUACAAAUAAAGCAUUUACGAAUAUUCAUAUACUUCUGCGAACGUGUGCUUUCGUUUUUCUUGGUUAAAUAUCUAGGAAUGGAUUGGCUGGAUCCUAUCAUAGGUAUAUGCUACUAACUUUUCAAAAAAUUGUUUUCCAAAAUCGGUUUUUGUUUUGGCACAUUCCCACCAGCAGUGUAUUAGAGUGUCAGCUGCUCCGCUCCUAGGUCAUCACUUGGUAUGGUCAGUCUUUAGAAUUUCUAGCAUUCUGGUGAGCAUGUAGUGGUUUUGAUUUGCCCUUCCUGGAUAACUAGUGAUGUUGAGUAUGUUUUCAUGAGCUUUAUUGUUUUGCAAUUCUCAUUACAUCUUUGAUGAAGUUUCUGUUCAAAACUUUUGUCCAUGUUUUAGAAAUUUGUUUUGUUGUAAGAGUUCUUUAUAUAUUCUAGAUUGCAAAUAAGUAAUUUAUUGGUUUCAUAUUAUGCAAAAUAUUUUUCCCAGUCUUUGGUUUGCUUUUUUGUUAGGUGUCUGGAUUUUUUUUUAUUAUUAUUUGACUCUUCUCCAGUUCAGCUAUCUACUAAGUUUUAAAAUUUUAACAAUCAGAAUAUGAAAUCAGAUUUUGAAAAAUUAUCCUCUUACCUUAUACUCUGUAUUUUAAUUAUACUCAUGCUACCCCCCCCCCCGGUUCUGUACCCUGUUACAACCCAGUUUUUUCAGGCAUUACUUUCUUUGUUGCAUUUGAUACUUUAUUGGAUUAGUUUUUCUUCUCAGUAUUUUGUAAUUAUUGGUUCUCUGCACCUCCUCUUUGUAUUUAGACUUCCCUGUCAUAGCAUUCAGGGAUGAGGCAUAGGUAGCCAAGAGCUGGUCAGGUAUGGAGAUUCUCUGUGGAGAGAUUUAGAUUUUUACCAACCCAUCCAGGACCUUGCCCAGCUUUUAUCCCAAACCCCAAUGUUCCCUUCUUCAUAGCAUGUACAAAAAUUAACACACAGUGGAUCAAAGACCCAAACUUAAAGAGCUAAAACUAAAAAUUCUUAGAAGAAAAUAUAAUUACAAGUCUUCAUGACUUUGGAUUAGGCAGUGGUGUUUUCGAUAUGAUACCAAAAGUCAAGCAACCAAGGAGAAAAACAGAUAAGUUGGACUUCCUUGAGAUUAAGAACUUCUCUGCUUUAAAGGACACUGUCGGCGCCCAGCGGGGCGUGGCGUCCGAGCAAGGCGGGCAUCAGCUGGCGGCCAGUGCUGGGUCCUGGGCUGGGGCCGAGAGCCAGGGCAGGCAGGGCCACUUUCUGCAGCUCGCUGGCCGCGACGACGGCGCAGGCGCCAGCGAGGCCCGUGGGGAGUGGCGGCGCAGCCAGGCGGGUGAGACCGUCGCCUGGGCCCUGGCCCGCGCUCUACCGGAGCGAUGCUUUCCGCGCUCGGGGAGCUGGUGCAGUUGCUGGGCUUCGCUCCCUUCGAGGUCUUCGUGCACCUGAUGGCCCUGUCGGUGUUCGUGCUGCUGGCCCUGCGUGUGGACGGCCUGGCUCCGGGCCUCUCCUGGUGGAACGUGUUCGUGCCCUUCUUCGCCGCUGACCGGCUCAGCACCAACUUCACUACUGUCGUCUCCGUGCACCUCUUCCAGGUCGGAGAGAAGCGGCUGGCCGUGCUCCACCUUUUCUGGGUCCUCACGGUUCUUAGCCUGAAGUUCGUCUUCGAGAUGUUGUUGUGCCAGAAGCUGGUGGAGCAGACUCGGGAGCUCUGGUUCGGCCUGAUCACGUCUCCGGUCUUCAUUCUCCUGCAGCUUCUCAUGAUCCCUGCCCGCCGGUCAACUAGGCUCGCAGAAGAAAAGCUAGAAUGCGGGGCCCCACGCUGAGGUCCCACCUCCGCCACACCAGAGGAGGAGGAGUCUUGGUCUGAAAGCCACCUUGUGCCCUGCUGAGUGCCCAGCUUCCUCUCUAAAAGUCAUGUCUGAAAUUGUUCCCUCAGCAGGGCUGAAAAGAGCAGCCUUGAUUCUUAAAACGUAUUCCCUCUUAUUUCAUGCUUUGAAUAGCUAAUCUUGAAUUGAGAUCCUGAGAAGGCCAGACAGUCCUGAACUCCUCUGACAGUUGGAAACCGCAUAUAAGUAAAAUGUCCUGAUGGGCUCUGAGUAUUAUCAUGGAUCCUGGGAAAGUACCCACUGUGCAAAGGCUGCAAAGCUGGACUCGGGAUUUCCCCAGGCCAACAGUGCUGACCUGAGAGCUUACUGUCCCAUGCCGCCAGACAAGACUUCCUUAGAUGCUUGAGCUCUAAAAAGUGUCACCAGGCAGACAGGAGUAUGUUGAAUAAGCAUGAGCAGGACCCUAUCUGGGUAUCUGUCACCUGAGAAAAGAACUUGCUUUCAGGGCACUGCUUGGUUUCCUAUCCCAGCAGAUUUCAGCGUCACAACUUUUCCACCACCUCGUGGCCAGCACUGUUAGCGCACCUGAGACCUUUAGGCCACCCUAAGGGACUAGAGAGAGAAAUAGGUGCUCUGAUGUGCAUAGCCAUUGAGACCUACACGUGGGAAGUUUGCAGGUGGUCUCAGCCCACACCUGUUGGCCUAAGGGCUUUGGUUUGGUGCCAGUCGGGUGCCAAAUGAGAAUAUUUGCUGAGAUAAAAAUAAAAUAAGAAUGUUUUGCUGAAAAAAAUAAUAAUAAAGGACACUGUCAUGAAAGUGAAAAGACAACCCACAGAAUGGGAGAAAAUAAUUGAACAUCAUGUAUCUGACAAGAGGCUUGUGCUUAUAAUAUAUAAAGAACUCUUAGAACUCAAUAAAAAGACAACCCAAUUUAAAAAUGGGCCAAGGAUCUGAAUAGACAGUUCUCUAAAGAAGGUACGAAUGACCAAUAAGCUCAUGAAAAAAUGCUCAACAUCAUUAGUCAUUAGGGAAAUGCAAAUUAAACCCACUAGGAAGUAUUAAUGAGAAUGUGGAGAAAUUGGAAUCCUGCUGGUGGGAAUGUAGAAUGUUGUAGAUGCUUUGGAAAAUAGUCUGGUACUUAACUCAAAAUACUAAACAGAAUUACCAUAUGAUCAAGCAGUUCCACUCAUAGGUGAAUGAAAUGUGAAUUAUACCUCAAUAAAUAGCUCCUUAUAAAAAUUUGAAUAUACAAAGGACUUUAAAUUUGUACUUGUCCAUAUAAUUGAUUUUUUAAAAAAUUAUACCUGCCUCUGCUUUAAUUUAUUUUUAACUAUAAACAGGUUAUUAAUUUAUUUACCAAGGGGAAGUUGUUUCUCAUCAGAAUUCUCUGAGGAUAAGGCAUAGUCUUUCUAUUGUCUAGGUACCCUCAGGUAACUAGGAAGUUUGCAGAAGUAGGGAGUCAGAUCACACGGUCUCAGUGUGUUGAACGGGUGUGGAUGUCCAGGCCUUGAUGAAGCCUAAUGACUUACCUGUUCCCUGCUUACAUUAACUAGCGCUGAGGCAGACGUGGCACACUGAACAGGUCCCAUCUGCACUACCUAUUACUCAGGUAGGGUAGCUCAAUUUGUUUCAUCCCUGUCAUUGUCAGGAAUGCAUCUGAGUAAAUAACUGCAAGAUACUGAUAUAUAAGAACAGCAGUUUACAACGUCUGUUUUUAUUUUCAGGUAUUUUUUUUCUUAGUGUAGGAGAAAGGCGGUUAAGUUGAUAAAGUACUGCCAUCCUUGUGAGUGGUCUUUCAUAUGUGGUUUUUACAAGUGAGAUUAAUUUUAGUUUUUAAAUGUUAAGUUUGUUCUUGGCGAGAGGAUCUUAUCAAGCAGGGGAAAUUGGCUUCAGUGCUGAAAAUCACUUAUCUACUUGGUACACUCCCUACAUUCAAAAUUGACUUAAUGGCCACUAGUACAUGGCAUCAGGUUUGGGACAUGGCUGUUAAUCUGUGUAUCUAUUUUAUAAACCUAACUUUUUUUUUUUUUGAGAUUUUUUUGAUGUGGACCAUUUUUAAAGUCUUUAUUGAAUUUGCUACAAUAUUGCUUCUGUUUUGGUUUUUUUUUUUUUUUUUGGCCCCGAGGCAUGUGGGAUCUUAGCUCCCCGACCAGGGAUGGAACCCGCACCCCCUGCCUUGGAAGGUGAAGUCUUAACCGCUGGACCACCAGGGAAGUCCCAACCCAACUCUUUAUAGGAAGUUUUUACACUUCUCUUCGUGUUUGCUAUAUGUUCAUUUGCUUUGUAACCAUUUUUAUAAAUCUGCUUUAUAUUAUUUUUCCUGAAAAUUUAAAAUCAAAUUUGAAAAUGGUAAGCAUAUUUUCAGAUGACUUUGAAACACCGCUAAAUAAUUAAACUCCUGGCACCUCUGUUUUAAACUUCUCCAGUUUAAUAUCUACUGCGUCAGUUGACAAACUACUGUGGCCUCAGUCUGCCUGCUCUGUAAGUGAGGCUUUAUUGGAUGGAACGCAUCCCCCACUCCUUAUCACAUUUAUAUAUUUGUACCCUGGUCUGCUCUGUGGAGGAGUUUAUCCAUUAGUUCCUACAAAUACCCAGAUCUGAAAGAAUGGUUUUUGUUCUGUAUCUCAUUAAACCAUCCUUUGGGCUUUGCACGUAUUUCAUCUACCUCUGUAGUAAACUGAUCACUUCUUUAAGAUUGGUCUUCCUUUGUGUUUCUGCAACAGGAUCACUCUGUGUGAUAGGGAAGUGAUGCUGUCUGGAGGCGACAUCCUGUGCUCCUUUCUUCCUUCUGUCCUUUCGCUCCCUAUUUUGGCCUCCUGGUUUUUUUUUGGCUGUGCUGCGUGGCAUGUGGGAUCUUAGCUCCCCAACCGGGAAUCCAACCCGUGCCCUCUGCAUUGGAAGCACGGAGUCUUAACCAUUGGACUGCCAGGGAAGUCCCUUUGAUCAGUUUUUAAAUGUUCAAAUAUAAAUGUGUGACGUUAACAAUAUAUUCUAGUAUAUAAUCUUGAUGGUGACCACUUACGAUGUUAGAUCUUUGAAUACAGACAUUUGAGAAAAAUCUAGAUGUUCACAAAAUAAAUCACUGGCUUAGGAUAGAUCUUAGUGUUUCCAGAUUGUGAAGAAAAAAAGGUUAAGCCCUUGAUGUUGAAACUUGCGUCUGCCAGCUCUUGCUGCGUGCUUAGCAGGGAGUUGUCAAGUCCCACUGGUUGGGAUGCUCCUCUCUUCACUUCUGCAUGAUGCUUCCACUCAACCAGUGUUUCCUAAACUUUAUUCAUUGAUACCAGCUUCAUGAUUUACCUUCUCUGCAUGUUUCCUGGCUAUUCUCUAAAUCAGCUCACUUUUUAAAACCCAAAUUUAUGCUAAUAAUUACUGUGAAAUACAGGGUUGAUGUGCUAAUUCUUUUUUUUUUUUUUUUUUUUUUUUGGCCGCCUGUGCGGCAUGCAGAACUUCCCCUAGGAUUGAACCCAUGGCUCCUGUAGUGGAAGCAUGGAGUCUUAACCACUGGACCACUGGGGAAGUCCUAUGUGUUAAUUUUUUUGUUUGUCACAUAUACAUACUGGGGUUUUUGUCCAACCUAAAAUCAUCUUUCUUCUUUCUAGAGAGCAUUAACUCCAUUUCGGGAAAUACUCCCUUAUGUGCUGGAAUUUUAAAGCUCUGAUCUUGAAUCAGUGUGAUCUGUGGAAGCUACUUGUAGUUGGAAGUAUCAGAGGAGAGGAGGGGGUCACAGGAUGUGGGUGGGUGCUGCCUGCUGAAAUACCCCUUGCUUGGGCAAACUCAUAUCGCUCUGAAUAUGAAGAUACUUGGCUGUGUGCAUGGCAAAGCUUGGAGUUCUAGCCUUGCAAUGAUGGGUCUGUUUUUUUACCCUGGCCACAUCACACACACACACACACACACACACACACACACACACACACACACACACACACACACACACACACACACACACACACACACACACACACACACACACACACACACACACACACACACACACACACACACAAUGAUGG